GGAUAAAAGAAAUAUACGCCAGUAUAUUCCUUCAGUGAAAAAAAUACUUGUUUGUAGUAUGAUAUUUUAAUUUCGCACACACAACAUUACACACUUUAAUUGAUCCUCUGAUUCCGCUGCUGAGCUCCACUUUAAAGUGUUUCACAUGUUGUGUGUCACAAAGGUCCCGUGUCCGUGUUGUAGAAGCCUUUCCGCGUGUUUAUCCCUGUAGUCCCGCCGCAGACACACGCCUUUCUCCCGCACUGAGUCUGGACCCGUCGGCCUGCGGAGGCGGAGCGUCGGAUCCAAACUGCAGGAACAAAACAACAAGUGGAAACUGCUCACAAGCGGAGCCGCUCCUGUGUCUGAAUCCACGCACACGGCAGCUCCCCGCAGCCACGAUGCACCUCCACCUGACUCUGCUUCCGAUUGUUGCCGUCGUCUUCUCGCCCGGAGCUUGGGGUCAGAGCGGCGGCAGCUCGCCCGGCGUGACCAUGGACACCGUCGACUUCACCCUCCCCGCAGGCUCCAGGGCCCUUCUGCCCUGCCGCAGCCCCCGCAUGGUGUGGACCAAGGACCGGCUGAAGGACCGUCAGAGGGUGGUGCACUGGGACGUGGUUCGCAGCAGCCCGGAGUACUCUGUGGAGCGGAUCCUCGACAUGUCCCCCGGGGCCCACCAGAGGGUCUACAACGGCUUCAACAAGGGCCGCGUCUCCAUCCCGGACUCUGCUUUCGAUGACGGCAACUUCUCCCUCGUCAUCGACACCGUUGUCGCGGCCGACAAAGGGGUCUACACCUGCAACCUGCACCAUCACUACUGCCAGAUUCACCAGUCCAUUCAGAUCCAACUCAACGUCACUAAAUCGGCUCGAAAGGAGAAGCGCUACUGGGACGGGGCGAAGUCCGUGUUCGUGGUCCUGCUGGGCAAGUCGGUGGCGCUGCCCUGCGUCAACCGGCGCCCCCUGUGGAGAGAGGGCCUCCAGGAGGAGCAGCAGCAAGUGGCCCACUGGGACUUCCAGCCGCCGGGCGUGCGUCCCGACCGUGCCGCCCGCCUGGUGGACCUCUACGCCUCCGGGGAGCGCCGGGACUACGGGCCGCUCUUCGGGCAGAGCCGGAUGAGCGUGGAGGAGGACGCUUUCACGUUGGGAGACUUCUCGCUCUCCAUUUCGGACCUGACGCCUGACGACAAAGGCCUGUACUACUGCCACCUGCACCAUCACUACUGCGGCAUGCACGAGAGGCGCAUCUUCAGGCUCGCUGUGGGACCGCCGCUUCCGUCCGGCCCCACCACGGCACCCAGGCUUUCCCAGAACGACGUGCCGGAGCUGAGGACCGAAGAGGUGAAGGGUCCGGGCAUGGUGAACUUCAUCCUCCCUGACCAUCGUGGUUAUUUCGUGCAGCAUUUGGGCUACUUCCUGGCCACCUUCCUGCUGCUGGCGUGCGUCGUGGUCGCUGUCAUCGCGCUGACUCGACGGCGCAGAAAGCGAGGUCUGGAGUAUGACCUGCGUCGGCCUGAUCAGGGAAAUGUGAUCAGUGGAGGUGAAGUGACGUUAGACUACACGGAGCUGAGGACCCGGAACCAACAACCCCGGAGCUCAGAACACAAAAACAACCUACUGAAGGAGAGUAAUCUGUCCAGAGACUGCGAAAUGGACUUUGGGAAGCCGUGGAAAUGAGAGCGAUGUUUCUGAGGCGCUGCUGGCAGGUCCAGGGCAAAGGCCGGGAGGGUAAAAGACUGUGGAGAGAAAGGGGGGGGGGGACCCAGGAGAGGACGGGAGGAAGGCUCCCUCUGCUGUAACGCUAACACACCAAGCCUUUUCAUUAAAAGCCACCACAUUUGUUUUAUGACUUAACUUGCAUUUUCACCAGCUCCUAUUCAGGUCAAGAUACAGUUGAUCCUUACUUUUUGCAUUCAUUGAAUGGCUUAUGAUGAAUAUUAAGCAUUUUUUACUCAUUAUUUCUUUCCUUUGAAAAAAAUGCAUGCUGUUUAGUAAAGUAUGUUUUAAGUGUACUUUGCAUGCUUACAGACUUGUAAGCAUUUCUGAACUGUAAUAUGUGUCUGUGUAGGUCGACAGUGUUUGGAAACAAGGUAAACGUAUUGCAAGCUCCCUAAUAAGACUUUUUCAUUUCAAAACUCAACUGUGGUUAUUUUACAGAUGCAGACUGCCAGACGUCAUUUAUUUCCCAAGUACUAUUUUUGUUUGAAAUUGGUUCUGUGGUAAUUUAGUGAUAAAAAAGUUAAAUUAAAUAAUCAUGGACUAAAUGCUCAGUGUAACAAAACUCAGGAAACAAAUACAUUGUAACCGUUAUCUGGUUUUAAUGGGCUAAACCUGAUGAUACAAGUUAAGAAUCUGUCUAAAGGUUUACAGGAAGAAGACGGUCUCCUAUCUCAGUACUGCUAAAUCACAAACUGUAAUGUUGGGGUCUUCUAAGAGAAUAUUUCUUCUGUUAAGGAUUUGUAACAGAUCCGUCACUCUGUUCUUGUUGUUAAACGGGUGGACACGCAGACGUUGACCAUUAUAUCAUAACACAACACGUACUGUGAUCUUCGUUGUAUCGGCAUAGUCAUCUACUCGUUUUGCAUUGUGAGAUGAGUGAACCACUGCAGUGUUGCAGGUAGUCAACAUGCUGUUGCUCCCGUCGCAUUGUAACCAGCCGGGCAUCACAAAGCCUUCUGCUAUCGUCACAUCCAGUGAUAAUAAAGCAGUUA